AUGGAAAGGGAAGCUAGGGCAAGAGCGGAUGAGAAUGUGGCGAAAGAAAUCCGUAGUCUGAAGGAAGCAUUCCGAAGCAUCCAAACCCACAAGGGAUGCGAAGGACUUGAGUACGAGGAUUUAUGUAUCCAUCCUGACAUCGAGUUACCCGCUGGAUAUAAGGUGCCGAAAUUUGAUAUGUUCGACGGAAAAGGAAAUCCUCGGGCCCACUUGAGAUCGUAUUGUGAUAAGCUUGUUGGAGUGGGGAAAGAUCAAGCUAUCAGGAUGAAGUUCGUUCAUAAGGAGUCCGACAGAGAAGCGCUUGAUUGGUACACAUGCCAAGAUCCGCAGAAAUGGCGUAGUUGGGGAGAAAUGGCGCAAGAAUUCAUGGAUAGGUUCAGGUUUAACACUGAAACUGUCCCAGACAGAUUCUAUUUGAUGAAGUUGGAAAGGAGGUCCACAGAAACUUUCAGAGAAUAUGCUAUGCGAUGGAGAGCAGAAGCCGCAAAGGUCCAGCCCCCGAUGGCUGAAAGUGAGAUGACGACGCUUUUCAUACAGUCUUUAAAAGAUGCAACAUAUUAUGAAAGGCUGAUAAGCGUCAUCGGGCAAAAGUUUUCUGAAGUUAUCAGGAUGGGAGAUUUUAUAGAAGAAGGUAUCAAGACAGGGAGAAUCACGAAUUUGGCGACUUUGCAAGCAACAAGUAAGGCAAUUCAAUCAGAUGCAAUUAAGAAGAAGAAAGACGGAGUGUCCGCGGUCAUGACCAUCCAGGAACGUAGACCAAACCAGAUGUUAACCUACCAAUACCCUUCCUCCCAGCCCGCAUAUUACAGCCAAUACACUCAAACCCCUCAGCCCUACUACCAGCCUUCACCCGCUCCUUACCCUGUUUACCACACCCAGCCAACAUAUUGUCCAUCUCGAGCACCCGCCUAUCAAAACCCAUCACGAUACCAACCAACCUACUCAUCUCAACCCCAAUACCAACCGCAAAACCGUCCACAAAAUGCACCCAGACCUCGCCCAAACUUCGAAAGAAAACCCGCCAAAACUUAUACACCAUUAGCCGAACCUUUAGCCCAAUUGUACGAAAGAUUGAGAACCGCCGGGAUACUCCAACCAAUUCAAGGGAGAGUUCCUAAUCCCCUUCCUGGAUGGUAUGACGGGACUAAGCACUGUGCGUAUCACUCAGGAGUUGCCGGACACGAUACUGAAAAUUGCCUUACUCUUAAGGAUAAAGUCGAGGCGCUGAUCAAAGAAGGAGUCAUCCAGCUCAAAGGGGCUCCCCCAAAUAUAAAUGACAAUCCUCUGCCCAAUCAUGGUGAUGCAAAUGUGAACAUGAUCGCCAUUGAUGAAGAAUGUAACUUGGAAGGGACUAUUGUAUCGGUUAAAAGAGAGGAAAAGGUUGAAUCAUCGGCCCUUUAUCGCUCCCGUAAUUACCGUUCAAGUGAGGGCACCAAUUGA